UAUAUGAUGAAGCUCAAAGAGUCGGUAGAAGGUAGAGGAAGGUUGGUGAUAACGAGAUUAAGACAAUUUUUGGUCUCUCAUUUCAAAAUUUUCCAAAAAUGUUGUCUCAAAUCAUUCGGAACAUUUCUGGUUUCGCGUCUGUCUGUUGGUCUGUCUGUCUGCAAACCUUUGUAGCAGCCAAAACUUCUACAAUUCCCAUUAGUAUUGAAUGGACUUAGAUGUUUGCGCUCUACAUGGUCUCAUACAAAUUUUAGUUUUCUCGCAUGAAGUUUACAAGUUGAACAUGCGUAGACGUAGAAUUCAAGUCCAAUUUAGAUUAAAUUCAUAACCUAUGUUUCGCGUUUCACCAGAGUUAUCCAUUUUCAAUCCUCAUUCAUUCGGCACUGGUUAUCAACAGGAUUGUAAACAUGUAGGUAAUUGUUUGUGUUCUUUACAUUAUUUUAUGGGCCAUCACGUUUGAUUGAACUAAUUUCCAUAUUGUUAACCAGUUGUGAAAAUGCAGCGACACGAGAGUCAGUGACAAGAGGAUAUUUUACACAUUCGCAAGAACCUUACCACCGUCCAGCAAAGUAUCCAAGAGUGUGGUUGCUCUUCUGAGAGCUUUCGAUUGGCACCGAUUCGUCGUUGUUUCAGGAGAGCAUCCUGCUUCCGGAAGUGAAGUGAAAGAAGCCAUAGAGGAACUCUCAAGUUACUAUGGACUUAUUGUGACAGAUACCAAGCAGUACACAAAUUAUAUACCCAGAUAUAUUGAACAAAUGGAUAAUAUUGUAUCUGAUACUUUUGAGCGAACAAGAAUUUACGUAUUUGUCGGUGAACAUAUUGCGUUGAUCGACUUCGUUAAAUGUCUCCAACGAAGAGGCCUUCUGGAUGGUGGGCAAUAUGUGGUUAUUUCAGUCGAUGAUGAGAUUUACGAUCCAAAUAGACGCAUUAACAUCGUGAGGAGGGAUUAUUUGGAUCCAUUCCUCAAUGAAACCUGGGCAAAUGGCAGUGACCUGAUGGGAUUUAGAUCUGUUUUGAAACUCACACCUUCACAUCCGAGAAAUCCGGAUUACAGCGAAUUAUGUGAGAGGAUAAAGGCGAUAUCUAUAAAAUCUCCUUUCUGUGUUCCAUAUCAUCCAAAAAUUUUUGACAGUAUAUCGGUACCAAUUCAAGCAGCUUAUCUGUACGACGCUGUAAUGAUUUAUGCCAGAGCACUGACCGAAGUCUUGGAAAGCGAUGAAGAUCCGAAAAAUGGUACAGCUCUUUUGAAACGGAUCGUUAAUAGAUAUUAUCAUUCCAUUCAAGGAUACGAUGUAUUCAUUGACGGUAAUGGGGAUGCUGAGGGAAACUUCACUGUAGUAGCUCUAUUAGAUGAUACGGAUGUCAAUGGAUCUAUCCUCUCGAUGAGUAUGCAACCUGUAGGUUAUUUUCAGUACAAUCCCAAUAGUAGUAGCACUCCUUACGCCAUACCAGAAUUCAAGUACUUUGACUCAGAUCGUACAAUUCAAUGGGUUGGUGGAAAGCUACCUGUUGCUGAACCUGCUUGUGGAUUUCAUGGAGAAAAGUGUAUCAGCAGACCUAAUUGGAAGUUAAUUGUUAGUAUGUCAUCCGCGGCGUCCCUUCUGGUAGUAUGCAUAAUGUUUGCAUUAAAGCAUUACAGAUACGAACAGAAGCUUGCAUGUUUAUUAUGGAAAAUCGAAAUGAAAGAUGUAACCAUCAUACCCACUGAAACUAACGAAAUGUCUAGUAAAAGUAUGAUUCAAACUUGUAGAUUCAGUUUGUUUCAAGCUCCCACUGGUAGCAUUGCAGAUAUGUCAGAUACUUCACCUAAAAGGGCUUACACAAAAAUUGGCCUCUACAAGGGAAAUAUUGUUGCUAUAAAGUUCUCCAACAGAAAAAGUUUCGAUCUAACACGAUCGAUCAGGAAGGAAUUAAAACAGGUUAGAGAUUUAAGGCAUGAAAACCUAAUACCUUUCAUUGGAGCAAGCGUUGAUCCUGGAAAUAUGGCAAUUUUCACUGCUUACUGCGCUAGAGGAAGCUUAGAAGAUGUUUUAGCAAACGAAGACAUGAGGCUUGACAACAUGUUCAUUUCUUCUCUUGUAACAGAUAUACUGAAGGGUAUGAUUUAUUUGCACGAUAGCGAAAUCAUUUCCCACGGCAACCUUAGACCAAGCAACUGCUUGAUAGACAGUCGGUGGGUUUUGCAAAUUUCAGAUUUUGGCUUGCACGAAUUCAAAGGAAUACGAUCGGAACCAGAUGGCGAAGAACUGAAUAGGGCGCUUUAUAAAGCUCCAGAAUUGCUUCGUCAUCAAUCGCCUCCUCCUAGAGGGACUCAAAAAGGAGAUGUGUAUUCGUUUGGCAUAAUUCUGUAUGAAAUACUAGGACGGUCAGGUCCCUGGGGUGUACUUGAUUUAUCACCAUUAGAAAUUAUCAAUCGGGUUAAAAGAAUAGAUGGUGAUAAUCACUUCAGACCACCACUAGGGCAAUUGGAUGCUGCUGAAUAUAUCAUCAAAUGCAUCAAAGCUUGUUGGCAUGAGGAACCUGAUCAGAGGCCAGAUAUCCGAUAUGUUCGAGUAAGAUUGAAAGAAAUGCAGGCGGGACUGAAGCCAAAUAUUUUUGAUAAUAUGCUCGCGAUAAUGGAAAAAUAUGCCUAUAACUUAGAAGGAUUGGUUCAGGAGAGAACAAAUCAAUUGACCGAAGAGAAAAAAAAGACUGAUGCAUUACUCCAUAGAAUGUUACCAAAACCAGUGGCCGAAGCACUCAAAAGAGGUGAUCAAGUUGAAGCCGAAAUAUUCGAUUGCGUUACUAUAUAUUUUAGCGAUAUUGUGGGCUUCACUGAACUAUCUGCAAAUAGCACACCUCUGCAAGUGAUUGACUUACUCAAUGACCUGUACACAUGCUUCGAUUCCAUUAUUUCACACUAUGACGUUUACAAGGUUGAAACAAUUGGAGAUGCAUAUAUGGUCGCUAGUGGUCUACCUAUAAGACAUGGAGACAAACACGCUGGUGAAAUUGCAUCUAUGGCUCUCCAUCUACUGAGUAAAAUAAAAAAAUUCAAAAUAAAACACAUGGAAGGUGAAGUUCUACAGUUGAGAAUAGGCAUUCAUUCAGGUCACUGUGUAGCCGGCGUAGUUGGGUUGAAAAUGCCACGAUAUUGUUUAUUCGGAGAUACUGUUAAUACAGCAUCAAGGAUGGAAAGUUCAGGGGAAGCGUUCAAAAUUCACAUCUCAUAUGCAACAUAUGCUUUACUUCAGAAGUUGGGUGGAUACAAGUGUGAAGAGCGUGGUGUGAUACCAAUCAAGGGAAAAGGUGAGAUGAGAACAUACUGGCUCAUAAGUGAGGAUUCUUCUAAGACACUCGCUCGACUGAGAGACGAAAUCGUAGGUUCUUCGUUGUUCAACAGUAGCAGCUCCGAGCGACUGAGUGAAACGCCUGAUUUAUUACGAGGGCCUGAUGGAAUAAGCUUAGGCCAUAGUAUAGAGAGAGAUAUUCCAUCAAGAUCUGUCUGUCCUCUCUUUUCUCUACAUCAGCGCGCCAGAUUAGCUUGGACAAUGCAUCAGAGCCAGGAUGACUUCCAGAAAAAUCAACUUCAUUUCUGCCAAGAUCUGUCUUCAAGUCAUGGAUUCGUUCCAAAAUAUUGUCAUAGGACUUCAGACUCCAGAAACCCGAGAUCUGCACCUGUGAUCAAAUUUUCAUCCGAUUCAAAACCUUAUAUCUGAAUAAUACAUCAAACCAAUACAAUAGGUUGUGAUAUAAACAUUUCAACUGUAUUAAUUCAUUGAUGUUAUAUUUGAUUCUUUAAUGUUGAAUGUGAUAGAUAACGGGGAGCAUAUGUGAACGAGGGCCAGAAUGAGAUUGAGACUCUUGAGAUCUUUAACCAGAUACAUAUAUUUUUGUUCAUAGAUUAUAUAUCAAUGAAGUUCAAUUAACAUUCGAAAAUAAAAUUGAAUGCUUUUAAGCCCUUGGUAUUAUAAUGUUCUCAAUGUUGACUAUUUGUACGUAAAUAAAUGUAA